AUGGCGUGCGUUGGGCCUCCGGGGAAGAUCGAGGUUGGGAUGAAGCUCAAAUAUGUGCAAGGAAGGUUGUGGAGCGCACUCGAGCAAUCCGACAUUGGACGCCUGAAGGAGCUGCACGACGCCAACCCCAGCGUCUUCCAGCUCGAACUGGGUCACUAUACUGCCAUCAAGGCUGCUGCCUAUCUCAGCAACCUGGACACCGUCUCCUAUUUGCUGGAUGCCGGCGUUCAUCCAGUUUCUCGCCCUCGCUCACUUCAGUCGGACCUUGGACUUGUUGUGUGGACGAAUAAAUGCACACCAGCCCUGCACUAUGCAUGCAAACACAAUAAACCAGACCUGGCCGCCCUCCUUUUGAAGCAUGGAGCCGACCCGACCCUGCAGUGGCGUGGCACUUCGCCUCUGGAGCUGACCACCAGUCCCGCCAUCUCGUUCAUCCUCCAGUCAGCUCUGGAUAAAAAGGCCAUGGCCAACACCACAGUGGCCCCCACCGCCCAUUCUGCCAAAGCUGACACAGCAGCACCUCCAGCCAAAACGGCCAAGGUGACACCUGAAUCAGCAGGGAACUCGUCUGCUCCAGUGUCUGAUGCUCAAGCUGCCAAGCCCACGCCUCAGGCAGCAGAGUCCUCUGCAGCUGCGGUUGUGACGCAGCCUGAGGUUCCAGAGGCCCAAAAAUCCCGAGUUCAAGAGCCGGCAUCGGAGGUCACGGCGUCACAGUCAGCCUCUACGGUGCCACCACCAGCUACCCAGAAGCCGACCACCAACACAGAGGACGAGGUCACAAUGGCUGCCCGUCGCGUUAUGACCUCCCUGCGCUCCAUGCGCACCCGUGCGGACGCCGUCAUCCGCCAGGUCUCCAACGAGGAGCUCCAGGUCCUCAAGGAGAAGGAAAAGCUUCCUUGGGGUCAGCUCUCCAAGGAGGAGAAGGUUGCUUUGUACCGUGCUGCCUACGGCCAGACUCGCAAGGAGAUGCAGGUUGGCCAGUCUGAUCUGCCCAAGCCUCAAGCAGCCACCAUGUCCACCAUGCAAUCCGUAACACCCACAGUCAUACUCCAACACACUUUCCACACGGAAAAAGCAAAAAGACUUGCAAAGAAUUCGAGCAUCAUCACUGCGUUCGCAUGGCAAAGACCAUUACCAACUGUUGCCGGGCAUUUACCAAGUGUCAGACGCAUGAUGGCGCACAAACGGCUGCAGCACGAUUAUGCGGCCUUUCCAGACCCGAAGCGCGCGCUGAUGCGCAGUGCUGCUGCGGUAGCGGGUACGGCCAAUGCUGCGGCCGGCACUGGUGCCUUGCUUGGGACUAGUCCCGUUGGCACGCCUCAACGACGGGGAUCGGGAUCGCGCGAAUCAGCCGGCAAUUCCCCCGCUGCCGUGGGCCAGGGUGGCGGCCUCUCUGCCUACGUGCUCACCGUGGAUGACAUUGGCAGCGAAAUUGAUGUGGACGUGGCCUCCUUGCGUGUCCAAAACCAUCAACUCGGCCUCUCGCUUCUUCAGGCCAAACAGGCACAAGAUGAGCUAGCCUCCAAGCUGCGAACUGGUCAGAAGCAGCAAGAGGACGCUCGGCACGCCGUCAACAUCGCCUUGCGCUGCCUCGAUCAAUUGACCUUGGGCUGCCAGGCUGCGCUGGGCCAGGCUGCAGGCCAACUUCCCUCUGCAGGCCUACAAACCCUCCUUAACGAUGAUCUGCAAGGCCUUGAGUCCGCGUUCAAGACACGCGUUUCCGAAGCCACAGCUUUGGUCGAGUCACUGGCUGGGGGGGGCCGCUCUUACACACCGGAGGCCUUUACCGAUAGCUUUCAAAAAGCCCUUGAGGCGGCCCGUCACAACGAACAGGUUGACGUUCUGCAAAGACAGGUUUUGCAAUUGAAUCAGGAUUUGGCUGCCCAAUCGUUCCUCGCCGAAAAACACGUCAACAAGAAUCUGAGACUCAAAGAUCAGAUGGCAGCGCUUCAGCAACAAAUUACCCAGCUUAACGGCCAAAUCAAGGCAGCCCAGGCCGCCAAAGAUGCCCACUCCGCAUCCGGUCAACAAGCCGCGAACGGCGAGGUGGGCGAGUUGACGGAGCGAUUACAGGAGGCAGAAGCACUGGCAGCAUCCCGUCUUAAAGAGGCCGAACAUCUGCGCAACGAGCUGCAAAAGGCUCAAAUGGAGCUUCGAACAUCCAGUGGUUCCGCAAGCACCGUUGCAGACAGUGGCGCCAUCACACUCCUGCGGCAGGAGCGCGAUCAACUUCGUACCAAUCUGGAUGAAAUGACCCGCCAAUUUGAGGCCGCGCGCAGUCGAUCUGUCAGUCAGGCGGAGGAGCUGGACAACAUGAUCGCGCAGCUUCGCACUGAAGUUUCAGAACUGGUUAAGCCACUUGAGGAGGAACUCAAGCAGGCCAAGCACGAAGCAGACCGUUUGCGCUCCGAGCGCAACAAGCUGCAUAUUGAGUUGAAAAAAUUGGAUGAGGAUACGGCGUGGACUCAGCUCAAGAGUUUGUCGACAGCUUUAGAGUCUCGUCACAAAGGCCUGCGCGACCUUGCGCGGCAGCUACACACGGAACUUCGCUCUGCUCGAGCGCAAGUUGCGUCUAGCGCGUCGAGCGAUGGUGUAGUCCAGACACUGCGCGAGAAGGAAACCGCACUCACAACCCUGCUCGAGGAAGUCGAGAGCACGGGGGAAGCCUUUGACGCUGUGCAGGCCAAGUAUCUAGAACGCGCACUACAACAGCUCAAGGAGAAGGAGGACAGUGAGCGACAACGCAUGCAAGAGGUCUUGCAGGCAUCGCAACGCAACAAAACGCUCAAGGAACAACUAGAGCCCAAACAGAAGCUUAUCGAGGCGUCCAAUGAACGCCUUUCCAAGCUGGAAGUGGAGCUCACCCGCGUAUCUGAGGCGGAGCGGCAAGCACGACAUCUCUGGCAUACAUCGUCUGCAUCGGAGCGUCAACUGCAACAACAGGUUGAUCGGGUCUCGGCAGACUUGAAAAUGAGUCAGGAUGAGCUUGAGAGUGUGCGCAAGGCGCAAAGUCAACUCCAGCAAAACCUCAAGGACUCUGUCCAACAGGCACAGGAGGCAGAACACCAAUGCACGCGACUUAAAGAAGAAUUGGGUUCUUACAAACGGCGUUAUGAGCGGUCCAUGUCGGCCGGAGGUGGUGCUGAUGCAGUCUUGGAGGACGAAAUUCGGGAUCUGCAGGCCAAGCUCAAAUGCACGGCUUGCAACAACAAUGAGAAAGAUACGGUCUUGACCAAGUGCUUUCACGUUUUUUGUCAAGCUUGCGUGGAGCAGCGCAUCCAGACUCGGCAACGCAAGUGCCCCCAGUGUGGUGAAAAGUUUGGUGCUGGGGAUCAUCGGCGAUUGUACCUCCAGUAACACUAGGUCACUUUUAUUUCUUUCGAAGGUGCUUUCUUUUUUUGCAUUUUCCAACGCGAGACAAACUAGAAUUGGUUGUCUGUCGCAGUUUCCGACUAAAAC